AUGAUUGAUAUAAAACAACGUCGACUUUAUCAUGUUCAUCGAGUGGAAAAAGAAAUGGAUUCAUUCGAUGAUACUAAUGUUACGUUUGAAGAUAUUGAUAAUGUUGAUAAAGCAAAGGCAAAUAUAAACACAAUUAAGACAUACAAAACAAUGCAAAUUUCGACUGCAGAUAGUGAAUUGAAUUCUAAUGAAUUUCAUUCCAUGCCACCUCGUCAACAACGAUAUCAUCGUUACCGAAAACUAUGCAAUUCUCUUAUGGAAAACUUUGUAAAAUUAGAUUGGACAAAGAAACAAUUAAGAAAGAAAGGUUUACUUUUCAUUUUAAUACAACUCAUCCAGAAAAAACUUGCAACUGAACAAAUAAACGACAAUUAA